AUGAAUUUCUCAAGUCUCAACAACCCGACGUCAGCCGAUACCUACCAACAUGUGCAUGAUGUUUUGCUGUUAACCAAGUUUGUGACCAAAAGACCCGAACAAAAAGAAAGUUUCUCGUUAAUUAGCUUGACUGUUCAGCAACACCCACUUGGACGCGACAAAUUGGCCCGCCAGCAGACCACUCCACGUGACUCGCGAUCAGACUUAGCAAGCAAAAAACUUGACAAAACAUCGCCAACCAACAAUCAGAUCUCAAGACUAAAGAUCUGGGUGCGUCCUCAUGACAUUAAUCGAUUUAUUUUUGAGGGGAUAGGUGACGCGAAACUCUCGCAUCAGAAGCUGGCGCCGAUCCAUCUUCUUCCGAGACGCGGUGGUCCCGUCGAAGUGCGGCGAGGUGGAUUCUGGGGUAUGUCCAACAUCGCGGCAUACACGCCUCUCGAGUCAUUCUUGUUGUUCAAGGCCCUGUACGUCCGCGGCGUCUCUGCAGCCGUAUUUGACGACAUCUCGGCCGACCUCAUCAACUACGAGUUCAUCAAGGACGACGCCACCUACGAUGUCGCCCGCCUGAGCCCCGCCUCCCUGCAGGAGCUUUUCCUGCAUCUAUUGCGCGACGAACUGAAGCUCAACGUCGACACAUCGGACAAGGUCAGCGACGGCAGCCUGUCUCCCAACAAGAGACGCAAGCUACAGGCACCGACCCCAUGCAACCUACAGGAGGCUGCCGAACACCUCACCAGGGUGCCCAAUGUGCUGCAGAGACUGUACAAGGAAUGGAGAGCCCACCGAAUAACUUCGAUUCUUGAGGAUGAGCAGCGGUUCGAACAUAUCUCGGCCGAAAUCUCAAAGGCCGAGAGGGAGGUUGCGCUGACAACCAAGAACGGUGCAGGCGAUGCUGCACCGCAAUCUCAGCCCCCUGUGGUUCCUUCACCAUCACCAAGAAUCACGCCUGCAACGCAGGUGAGGAAGGAUGUCGGCCAAGUGCCUAAUGGAGUCCGGGAAGCUAGUGCAUUGCCUUCGCCGAACCUGAAGCAGACACCACACCAGCUGGAAUCUGGGACGAAGUCGAGGACGCCGACUCCCGUUCCGGCACCGCCAAACGCAGUUGCAGAUUCUGGGCGCGCUACUCCGCUGUCGCGACAACCGUCUCCUGCGGUACCGCCAAAGCUCGCACCAGGACACGCGCAGUCCCCUCGAACUGGACCAGUCUCACUACCUGCAGCAGUUCCCGCUCGAGUUGCGACCUCGACGCCUCCAACGAUCCCAGGCCAUCAGGUUUCCACCCCACCACGUGUUCCAUCGCCGGCUGUUGCCCCGGCAUCAACAACACCAGCUGCAACACAACUACCCGCCGGGGGCACCUCGCAGCCGUCUCCUCACGUGAUACCAUUGCCGGCGCAGAAUGCGAAACCUCAGCCCCCGCGGCCAUCUCCUGCUGCUAACAAUCAACCGAUUGCGCCGCAACCGGUCCCAGCCCAAAAUCAUGUUUCUCUACCAAACAACUCUAGGGCGGGAGUGGUACCUCCGAGUCAGUUCGGUCAAGCCGCCUUGCCGGCUGGCAGAGGUAAUAAUCCGCCACCACGGACACCGAAUGGAGCGGCGGCAUCGCCGGUUCUCCAACAUCCUCAGGCAGUCUCUGCUCCUCCAUCCCGGCCGAUAGCGUCGCAGCAACAGCCUAGCGUGCUGCAGCGACCCGAGGCUAUCGGCAAACCCAAAGCAUCACAACCACCUCCACCACGCCAGUCCACACCAAAUCCAACCCCAGGCACGCCACUUAAGUGGGAGCCUCCUUAUCAACCUCAGCAGCCUUCCACCCCCUUACAAAGACCACCUAUGCAGCAUCAGCACAUACAACCAGCCAAUCCCGUUCAACAGCAAGUAUGGACUCCGCAAGCACUUGCUCAAGCCCACGCUCAAGCUCAGGCUCAAGCUCAGGCUCAAGCUCAGGCACAGGUUCAGGCACAGACUCAGGCGCAGGCUCAGGCUCAAUACACACAACCCCAGGGGCACGCAUAUCCCCCGUAUCCAGUCCAGCCUCAGCCUCAGCCUCAGCACCAGCCUCAAGCCCAAGCUUUUCCGCAUCAGCCAGCUCAAGGACAGAUACAGGCACAAGGCCAGGGGCAUACUCGCCCUGCUCAUGGGCAGCCCUCCCCCGUACCGGGAACUCCUUACCAGGCUACUCCAUCUUCUACCAACAGCGGCAAAGGUCAACAGUCUGUCCGAGCAGUUUCUCAGCCAGGCCCAGCUGUCCAACAGCAGAAAGGAUUGCUCGUACCACCACAGCAUGUUCCUCCAGCACAGCCUCAUACGCCGACUUUGGAUACAAGGAAGACCAUUCACAAGGAUGCUGCUUCCCAAAUUGUGCAGAGGCAACCUGGGCAGGCCACGACACCUCUGUCGUCACAGUCAAAAGCUCCUGCUGCUGCUACUCAAGCAAUGGCUUCGGGGCAACCUGGCGGGGCCCAGGGGCCGGCACGGCGACAACCACCACCACCCAGCAACUCCCCGAUACCUUCAUACGUUGCGUCUCAGCCCCUCACUGGUCAUGGAAAACAGACUCCUGGUCGUUCACCCAAUAUACAGCAGCAGCCACAACCAUCAAAACCACAGCAGCCACAUCCCACCCAAAAUAUCCCUAUACAGCAGACUCAGAGUCAGCCCAAUGCCAGUAUUCAGCAAGCCGCAGUCCCAAAUCAUCGGCCACAGUUGGUGCCGCGGCCUUCAAUGUCGGCCGCGCCGAGGCCGCCCAUUUCUGUCGCAUCUGCGUCUUCUUUUGCGACUGCUCAAUCGGGAGGAUACCCAUCGCUGCACCCCAAAAGUCAGCAGCAAUCAGCAUCUGUGUCUAGUGAAACGCUCAACUUUCUCCGGUCUACUCCCAAAUCCACACCAACCCCCGGCCUUAAACCUGCACCGACUCUCCCGCAAACACCAUCAGGCUCAAGUGAUCUUGGCUAUUUUGCACCUCGUGGUAGUGCCACGCGGUGGAAGUCUGCUGUUUCUACGCCCUCGACACCAAAGCCCGAGGAAGCCACGAAAAUGUCACUACCUCCUAUGGAACCGCUCAGCCCAGUUCAGGCAUCAGCAACACUACCUCAAAACCAAAAGCGUUCUCCGGUGGUAUCAGCUGCCAAACCUGCGGUGCCAGCUGCCGAGUCAUCUCUGCCAAAAGCCCAGGCCAAGAAUUCACCAGUACCAAAGCUGGAUGCCUCGACGCCCAAGUCACGGGGUAGAUUGCCACGAGGGAAAACGCAGGAAGCAACCAAAUCGCCACCAGCGAGCGCACAGGAGACACGACCGGAACCACAGGAUGAGAUGCAGGUCGACGCGGCAGAUCCAGAGCCAGAGUCGGAGCCAGUGCCAGAGACAGUGGCAGUGCCCGUGCCGGAACCAGAGGCAGAAUCUACCAUCAUUAAGAAGGAGGCAGAGACGCCUAGGAUUCUUGAGGAAACCGGUGAUACGACCGCCGACGAGAGUGGUCCGAGUAAACGCCAGCCGGGCACUCCUGGCAGUCAGCCAACACGGCGUGUGAAGCGAAAGAGAGCCGACUCGCCGUCUGACGAUCGAGCAGACACGGCCAUACCCACACCCAUUGCGAAGUCUAGUGACACACUUCCAGCUGGGGCUGGAACUUCUAAUAACAACGCUCCUGCGCAAGCCUCCAAAUCCUUACAGACCAUGACGCGGAACCAUGUGCGCUGGACACGAGAUUUCCCCAAGAUUAGUGCUUCUGCCCUGGAACAAAUUACCAGUCACCGACAUGCCAACAUGUUUGCUCACCCUAUCCGCGAACGUGAUGCCCCGGGCUACCACAACAUUGUCCGUGGCCCCAUGGACUUGAAGUCAAUUAGGGCAGCCAUCACACAUGGCAACCGGGCGGCGAAACAAGCGGUUGCUAAUCUGCCAAACGGAGAUCCUGGAACCAGCAUGGUUUGGCUGCGCAAGAGCGAAGACCUAGUGCCACCAAGGGGUAUCAUCAACAUCACCCAUCUGGAUCAGGCGCUGACCCAGAUGUUCUCCAACGCCAUCAUGUAUAACCAAGAUCCCAACCGCGGCCCAGGCCCAUCGUUUUUGGAGGAAUUAGAUGAACCGACUGAUGACGGCGCCGACGCAAGCGCUACAGCGGCAUCUGGGGGUGGUGCGGCAUCAAGCGUGCUCGGCUACAAGGUAGACGAGAACGCGGUUGUCAACGACACCAUUGCCAUGCACCUCGAGGUCGAGAAGCUGCUGGAGAAUAUAAGAGAGGCUGAGAAGCAGCGCGCGGCUCCUCCGCCGCCACCUGUUGACGACGAGGAUGAUAAAGGCCAUAAUGAUACCAAUGGAGACACCAAGGCCGAAAAUGCUGACGUUGAGACGGAGCGUGCCGAAAGGGAAGGCACCGACGCUACUGAGGCCGAAACUCCCAGUGGCAACACGGCUUCCAACACUGGCACAACCAAGAGACGAAGGAUAGCCCGCGGCUGA